ACCACAACACAAACACACCACCAAUACCACAACAACAACACCACCACACCACCAAUACCACAACAACAACACAAUCACACCACCAAUACCACAGCGAUACAACAACAACCACCACCACAGGGACCAGUGCUGCAGAAGGAGAGCCAUCAACACUUCACCAGGCACUCUCACACCACGCAGUGCUAUCGCUUGGCGGUGCAGCAGCGGAGGAGACGGAGGCGCGUUUCGCAGGGGGAUGUUCAAGGAGGUGCUGCCCAAGCAAGGCCAGCUGUCCGUGGAGGGCUCCCCGAGUCUCGCCAUGUGCAAGCCCAAGCUGCUGCCCCUCAAGUCGCUGACGCUCGAGCGCAUGGAGCAGCUGCAGCGCGACGCGCAGCAGGAGGUGCGCAUCGCUCAGCAACACGAGCAGCAGCAGCAGCAGCAAGAGGAGCAGCAGGAAGAGCAGCAGCAGCAGCAAGAGGAGCAGCAGCAGGAAGAGCAGAGCGAGCAGUAGUAUCAACAGCAGGAGCGUGAUGAAGGAGCAAGAGGGGCAGCAGGAGGAUGAGUAGCAAGCGUUUGACAGAGCAGACCGAGUCUGUAACCCCGACCGAGAGCUCCCUCUCGUGAUGCUAUCACAGAGUUCCCAACCUUUACACGAUUGGCGUUUGCUCGAGCAUAACGACGUCGUUACUCAUUGUUUUUUUUCGGUAAAGUCACGUAUGUAGAAAUACAAUAAAAUUAUAUUAAAACAAAAAAAACAAUCACGACGUUUCGAUCACAACGCAAGCGAUCUUCAUCAGGUGACGUCGUUACUGUACGGUAAAAGGAUGAUGAUGAUGAUGAUGAACCCAGUGACCGACACGUAUUGAAGGUUAACACAAACACACCCAGGCUGUUUGUCAUGAGCUGGACCAACACGUUUGAAACGUAUUUAUGAGAGUCAAAGCCUUUACAGUAAUCAAGGGCAGUGCGUUAGCACUCUGGUGUUGCCACUGCACUGCCGAGCCAGGGAUGCAAUGAUGGCACGCUCGACAGCGACAUUCAAAUCUGUUCUCCUUAACUGAGGUUACAACUCGUGUUGGGCAGCCGAGCACACAGCCUGGCUAAUGCAUCUACCACGCAGCUACUUGGGCCGAGUUUUCCGGAAGGUGUUGGGAACAUGAGGCUGCACUUGCAUCCGGCAGUCAGUGAGCAAAGCCCGCUUGCCCAGCUGGCUGCACGACGCCAUGGUGCUGCAUGGCAGCGCCUGAAUCUUGCGAGGAUUUGGGGCGGAGGUGUUGGGUCACCGUGGCCGGUGUGGGGUUACCGGUCCUCGCUUGCAGGCGUCCAGUCGCGGUUGCCCUGGCUGAUGGGGAUUUAAUUGGGGUGGGGGUGGUGAUGGUUCGCAGCUCACUGCAUUGGCCGGUCAGCACUGGCCAUGUUCAGGGGUUGAUUGGCGACUUCAAGUCUAUAUUAAUAAACCCGUAUGUAAACAUCGACUUCUUACUAUUCUCACACAUUUACCCAGGAAAGCCUCACUGGGUCUCAACACUUUUUCAGGAGGAUCCGGCCAAGUGUUUGCAGUAGCGACCGAUGAUUAUCGAAAUCCCAGUUGAAUAAUUUGCAGGUAUUGUUUUAAGCACUGGGAUGUUUGGCCAAUACCAGUUAUACUGCGUGUGGGUGUUUAGCUAUAGGAGUAAACCCAUGCGGAACAGGGGGAGAACAUAUAAACUAUUUUUGACUGCACCACCUGACGUUAUUGGCUUGGUGAUGCCGACAGAUUGGCCCGUGGUGGCUGCAGAAUCUCGUGGCGAAUUUCCGGCCGUGUGUGUCCCCUCCUCCACUGCGGUCUGUGUGCUCCAUCUCUGUGGAAUGCUCUCAUGAUGAUGCCAAUUCGUGUUUUCCUUGGGCCUCCUUUUGCGCCUUGUCCCGUCGAUGUGUCCAAACACACAAGGAUGUUCGGAAAGAUCGAUGUACCCGUCCGGGUGUUCGUGUGCAGAGGAGGACAGUAGUCUCCUGAAGGAUGUUUAUUAACAUCGUCUCUUAAGUUAAACGUGCGUUUAAAGACAAUGGACUACUGCAAUGCUUGUGUUGACCACCAGAGGGUGAAAGUCCUAUUCUUGGUUCUUUCGGUAGUCACGUAGAAGGGAAACAAUAAAAUAAUAAAUAAAACAUUUAUUGCUGUGGUUUUCACACCUGAUGAUGAUUGCUUGUGUUGCAGUCGAAACGUCGUGAGAAUUUGUGUUUUAUAUUUUGGUUUCCCUUAUACGUGACUUUACCGAAAGAACCAAGAAAAUGAAUCCCUGCAGUCACGAAAGCUUUAAAUCAAAAGGUGAAAGUCUUGUUAAUAGCUCGAGGAGAGCCCGAGUCUUGUGGAGGUCAUGGUCAAACCGGUUUUUGCUGAGGGAAAAUAAAACCAUCGUGGUGUUUGUGGUGAGAAUA